AAGAGGAACUUAAACUUUAUCCACUCGCACAGACCUGCUGUAUGUUCAGGAUGAUUUGGAUUUAUCAGACUUUUUAUUUCAUUUUCUUAUUUGCUUCAGUUUACAGCGGUAAGUCAAUAUAUAAUUCCUAAGAUUGGUAUAGAGUAACACAAGUCUUCUAGGAAGGAGCGGUUAAAAAGAGUAAUAUUCAAAAUGAUCUGAAUAUGUAUUUGUACAUGGAGUGAAAUGAGGUAGAGCUACAGAGCAGCAUGAUUUUGGAAGGGGAGCACAUAUUGGUAUAAGCAACCUGGUCCCAAAAGAGUGGGGUUGCACUGUAUUAAGUCUGGGUAACUCAAAGGGGAGUGGAAGUUUCUAAUCUUUUGAUUCUGACUAUUAGGGAUGGAAGUUUUUAGUAGGCUUUGCUGACAGUGAUUAGUGUCAGUGCUGAAGUCUGCAGUGACUGUGUUUUUCAACGUCAGUAUGCGUUAAUGAUUUACUUUGGCUAGCAGAAGUAAACUACAAAAACUCACAUUGCAUUUCCCUGAAAUUCCGUGUGCCAGAAGAUUAUAACCAAUGCCCAACAGAGUUUGUUUAGUAAUAUGUUAAGCAUUUUCUCAGUGGACAAUGAGAUAAUUAACUUUUUUUUUUUUUUUUUUUUUUUUUUUUUUUUUAGCAAAGUCUGUUUGACUACUGUAGUGUUAUUUCAGAAAUAUUUUACCUGGAUUGAAAUUUAAGAAGACUAAGAUCUUAGAAAAUUUUUGAGGAUCCAGAUAUUUUUAAAGUUCAAAUUUCAUAUUAAUAAAAGACUAACUUAAAAAAAUAUUAGCAGAUUUAGCAAACAUUGCCAGUAAUUUGUUACUUUGUCAAUUUUUUGUUGAUAAAUUUUACAUUGUUGCAGUAGACACUGAAUUUCUUAGUACAGAUUAUAAACGUAUUUACCAAAAAAAUCUUCUUGCAGUAUUUUAAAAUUGUAAAAUCCAAUAUGUUCUUUGCAUUUGUUUUAAUCUUACAUAGCUUUUGAUACAAUAUACUAUCUUUAUAGUGACAGAUUAAGAAGUUAGAUGAAAUCUUUUCAGUUGGGUUUCUUUUCAGUCUGUAAAAAUAGAAAAUUUCCUCUUCAUCUUUUAGCUCAGAAAGAGAACUUCUGUAGAUCCAAUAAUAAAAAUUAAUGUAUUUUCUACCAACUGACAGGGACAAAUACAAGGAGUGUGUGCGCUCCUCUCUGAAGCCAGUCCUCUUGUGCUUUAACAUCGAGAUCUGAGUAAUUCCAUGAUUUAGAAAGACAAGAUGUGGUUGCCAGUUAGAUAUCUUCGUGUCAUUGACAAAGCCAUGCAGUGUGAACAGAUUUAAUUACAGAGAAUUCAGUAUGGGAUUCACAAGAUAUUCCUGCAGAUCCAAGGUGGUAAUCCAGCAUAUUUUGGUUCUGGUUGAUUCCUGAGAGUGCUCUUGUAGCACUAUAUUCUUAUUUAUUUAUUUGUUUGUCCUGUAGCAAGUUGGACAGGGUUCAAGGCAAGUUGAAAGGAAGGAAGUUUAUAAAAAGCUGAGAACCACUGAAAUAGUUUCACACAUGGCACUAGCUAGGAAUCUGACCUCAAAAAACCCCCCAACAAUUGGACUACCUUCUUGUAUUUUCUAACUCCUUUUGCCAUCUGUACAUCCUUCUCCUGAUUUUCCUCUUAAUGGCUCCCUGUACCUGUCUCCCUUGGAAAAUGCUUUUGCUGCUCCUUAGAUCUGCUGUGAAGGAUCAUCACCUCAAGGCCUAUCCUAAUCCUAGGGCAUCUGCCACCACUCAAGCUGCUUUCCUACAGCCUUGAGAAUGGGGCGAGAGACACCAGAGGGUUUCUGUUUUACCAGGGUGGAGAGCAGGAAUGAUACUCUGGGAGGAGCUGUGCCACUCCCCCCGCUUGCUUUCUUUUCCUGCCAUAGGGGUCUACUCCUGCAAAAAAAUGAAUGUGUGACGCAGAUCUAUGAAAAUACUUACUUUCAAGGAGGAGACCUCACUACGGUUUUCACACCAAGUGCCAAUUACUGUCAAAUAGUUUGUACUUACCAUCCUACCUGCCUGUUCUUCACAUAUUUGCCAGUGACAUGGACUAAAGAUCCUGCACAGAGGUUCUCCUGCUACUUAAAAGACAGUGAUACUGAAAUGCUACCAAAAGUGAAGAUGGAAGGAGCUUUUUCUGGACAUUCUUUAAAACAAUGCAACAUCAAAAUUAGUGCUUGCAGUCCAGAUGUCUACGUAGGAUUGGAUAUGCAAGGGGUAAAUUAUGACGUUAGUGUGGCUGACAGCUAUCAACAGUGCCAAAAAAGAUGCACCAAUGACAAACGCUGUCAUUUUUUUACAUACGCCCCAGGAACAUAUCACGAUGCAAGCUUUCGUGAAAAAUGCUUCUUGAAACAUACCAGUUUAGGAACUCCAACCAGCAUAAGGGUGCUUGAUGAGGUUGUGUCUGGAUUCUCCUUAAAGCCAUGUCAGCUUUCUGAAUUAGAUUGUCAAAUGGACAUUUUUGAACACGAAGAAUUUUCAGGAACGAAUGUCACAAGUUUUUUCACUCCAGACACUUUUGCCUGCCAAACUAUUUGUACUUAUUUUCCAAACUGCUUGUUCUUUACAUUCUUCACCAAGGAAUGGCAAAUAGAAUCCCAAAGAAAUCUUUGCCUCCUGAAAACAUCAAGAAGUGGAAUACCAGAGGCACUUACGUUACGAGAAAAUGCUAUUUCAGGUUUUGGUCUCCUAAAUUGCAGAAGACACUUUCCUGCCUGCAAUUCUCGCACUUACGUGCAUAUGAAUUUUCUGGGAGAUGAACUCAAUGUCACUUAUACUAAAGGACACAGAGCUUGUCAGCAGGUUUGCACAGACAUGAUCCGCUGCCAAUUUUUUACCUACUUUCCCCUCCAAGAGGCAUGCAAUGAGGAAAGAAAGUGUGAGUGUCAUCUAAGAAUGUCCUCAAAUGGAUCUCCAGUGGAAAUACAACACGGUCCAGGAAGGAUCUCUGGAUACUCACUAAGACUAUGUAAAAAAAAGGCCAGUACUGUAUGUAUGCAGCAUUCUUCAAGAAAUAUUAGGAUAAUUGGAGGGACGGACUCUUCCCCUGGUGAAUGGCCUUGGCAAGUGAGCUUACAUGUGAAGCUAUCUCGCCAGAGACACCUCUGUGGAGGCUCUAUCAUCAGUAACCAGUGGAUCCUUACAGCUGCCCACUGUUUCAUGAGUGUUCAGAACCCCAACAUUUGGCGUGUUUAUGCUGGUGUUUUAAAACAAUCAGAAAUAAAUGAGAAUACACCUUUCUUCAGAGUGGAAGAGAUUAUUAUUCAUCCUCAGUAUAAUUCUGCACAGACUGGAUAUGACAUUGCUUUACUGAAGCUUGAUAAGGCUAUGAAUUUUACUGAUCUUCAACUUCCUAUUUGCCUGCCAUCAAAAGAAGAGUCUAGCAUUCUCUAUACUGACUGCUGGGUAAUUGGAUGGGGUUACAGGAAGGAAAGAGGUCGUGUAGAAGAUAUUCUUCAGAAAGUUACUGUUCCCCUAAUGUCAAAAGAGGAAUGCCAGGCAAGAUACCGGAAGCGCAGAAUAGAUGACAAAGAGAUCUGUGCUGGCUAUGAUGAAGGUGGAAAGGAUGCCUGUAAGGGAGAUUCUGGAGGACCACUGUCAUGCAGGCACGAGGAAGUGUGGUAUCUGGUGGGCAUCACUAGUUGGGGUGAAGGCUGUGCUCGGCCCCAGCAGCCAGGAGUCUACACAAAAGUUGUUGAAUUUUCAGACUGGAUUUUGGAAAAAACUACAUAACGAUGCAACUGAACUGGACUGCACAUAAUGAUGUCCCAGCUACUACAGGCUCUUUUGGAGAAGAGGAUAACUAAUAUCUUACAAUCCUACUACAACUCCAUAAUCUCCAGGUAGGCAUUGGUCUUCAUAAAACUUGCAGCAGUCAGGCAGGAGGAGAGAGAUGUGCACCAAAGAUUUAGAGAAAGUUAUGGACUGAAAAAUGGCCUUCAAUUACAGCAAGAGACUGAAGUGGUGGGUAGGAUACAGUCAGAGAGCUCCUGUGACUGUUUCCUGCUGGGUUACAGCAUGACAAGACAGUGGUCUUGUCUUGUGCACACAAGAUAGAUUGAACAGUCUUCUAUCUGCUGGCUCUGAUCAACAUCAGCAAUACAAAAUCAGGGUUUGUAGUAUGAGUGAGUUUUCAAACUUGGAAAUAUCAUCAGAUUUUUGUUUGUUUAUUCUUACUCGUUCUUUAGCUGGUUCAGCCAUUCCAUUCUUCUGCAAGUACCAGAAAUUUAUAUUAGGAACUUUUUUUUUUACUUUCCUGCAGUUGUUUUUGUUUAGAAAUCUCAAAUCCAAUUAAAAUCAUUAUAACACCAAAGUAAUGAAGAAAAACAAUAAGAAGGUAAAGUAUACAUACAAACGACUAAAACAAAGUUGUGAAUUACUUGUGCUACCUCAAUAGGUAUGACCUUUGCCAUUACUAGGAGAAGGUUCUGCCCUGACCCUGGCAGUGCACUUGAUAUUGCCUCCCCCAGCCCAGCUGCAGCUUGGGUUAACAGCAGGUCAGGGGGUAAUGGUUAAGCCAUGACAACACCCUGGGUAGUCAGAUACUACUGUGUAAUGAGUAUUUCAUUCCAACAGUAUUAGUAUUUUCUAUGAAUUAGAUAAUUCGGAUCAUUAACCUAUUAAAAUGUUAGCUAUGUUAGCAAUAAAUUUUGAAUGGGUGCUUGUGAUGUAUUCUCCUUUGCCCUUAACGAGGUUUUCAGUGUGACAUUUAGUAAAUAGAAACUCACCUUAGGUUACAGAGGCAUGCAAGGAAAAAGAAGGAAACUACCCCAAGGUGAUAGCACAGCUUGUUUGGAGAAUUGUCAGCCAUUGAUUGAAGGCAAAAAAUGUACUCCUUUUGCAACUCUUUCUACUGUUUCUAAGCUCUUAUAUUAUAUUUCUCUGCAUAAUGCAAUAGAAACUCAUCUCAGUUGGCUUCUAGGCAUUACCUAAUGAAAAAAAGUUGGUAAAAUAAAUAACCCGUAGCAUCUUCAAAAAUAUAGUUGAUAUUGACAUACAGAUUUCAUACUUGGUUCAUAUUGAUAAUCUUUUAGUUUUAUACAGAAUUUUAUGUAUUGGAUACUGCUUUUAAAGCUGCAUCUGCUAGAUUCAUAGGACUGGAUGGGAAGGUCACCUUUAUACAUAAAAAGUACAUUUCUGUCUCUUGGGGUUGCAGGAAAAAAAGCUGAAAAACAUGACCCAUGGCCAUCCUACAGGCUACAGGGUACCAUUAGUAUUUGUAAGCAGUUUUUCUGAACAAAAAUCCUCCUGAUAUUAAAGCUUUUUUUCAUUAUUUCCAGCAAUCUGACUCACAGCUGUCACGUGUGGCACUGACUGUACUAUGUAAACCUUCACACAAGAUGAAGGGUAAAUCUACUGAACUAAAAAAUAUAAGCCAAAUGUUCCAGCUGAACUUAAAUCAUUUUUUAAAGUCUGGUUUAUAGAUAAAAGGGAAUGCAAGAAGUUCAGGUCAGAUUUUUCUGAAUUUAAGUCAUUGACACUGGUUUCUUGAAGGUAAACAUGCACUGCUGAAAUACUCCAAAACCAAGAGCAGUCUCAGUAGGCAGGUCACAGGGGGUAUGCCAGGACUUGCUGUUUCUUUUCCAUUCCAUCAGAGAUCUCUCUGUAUCAGUGUAAUGAAGCCAUCUGAUACAAAUUAAUUUAUCCCAGGAUAAAAACUUGGAAAAGAGAUGGGUACGGUAGUCUUACAAUAAAUACUGGGACUUAAAAUAGCUGCUUAUUUAGAACACAUCACUUUCUUUCUUUGUUUCAAGACUAUCACUUGCAAUGACCCUCUGCACUUUGCUUUGGUCUGACUGUGGGGAAGUCUCCAAAGUAAACAAUAAUAAUACUGUUAUAUCACUAGGAAAUUAUAGCAAUGUUUUUAGUUACUAUUUCUGUGCUCUGAUUUAUGGAGACACCCCCCAGUUGCAGUAUUUCAGAGGCACACUUACAACACUAUGAUGACCAUCUACAAUACUUUAGGGCAAACAAGACUAUAGACAGAGAACUCAUGCUUUCUGAAUGCAUUGUCUGAGCAUAAGGGACACCCGUGGUGGAAUGACUCGUGCCUGCCUGGUAAGUGAGACACAUAGUUUUUAAAAAAUUUUCUUUAACAACUCUGCUGUUGUUUGUGUCAUCAAAGCAGCCUAUUAAUUGGUGUAUGCUUUGAUGCAAGAGGUUGCUUUAUUAAGCAUCUAACAAGUGCCAUUUGAUUUAUUCAACCAAAAAGUCUAGAUUAUGCUCUGUGUAUUUAAUGAAAAGGAUUUAGUAUGCUUUUAAGAAUGUAAUCUCUUGGUAGUACUACAGAAUAAACUGCCGUUAUGAAUGGACUAAGCUUCUUGGACUAGAUAUUCUCCUCUUUCUGAUAAAUUAAGAAAUAUAGAUAUGGGCCUGACUUGGAUACUGCAUAAGCAGAGAUCCUUUUACUAACUAUAACACUUUGAUUCUUGAAGUUUUCCUCUCUACUUGUAGCGCUGUAAAACAUUUUAAGGCCAGCUGGAUGCAUAGUGUUGGUGAGGUAAGAAUGAUGUUUCAGAUAGAGAUAUAAUUAUAUUUCUUUCUUUAAGCUGGACUGCAGGAGCAAAAGAUACAAGUGAAAUUUCUACAACAUCAUAUAAGAAGUGAUUCUACACUGAAAUGAAUUAUUUCUUUGUAGAUGAAAUGGAAGUGACAGAUGAAUAUAGAGGUUAAAUGAAUAGGUUUUACAUAUGCGUGUUGGUUUCUUUCACAGAAAAAAAUCUAGUCUGUAUAUUUAUUUUUUGGCAAAUUAGAUAAGAAUUUACAGUAGACUAAAUAUUAAAACCAACUGCUAGCAGUUUACUACACUGUAAUGCUGAAAUUGUUUAUGGACUUGCAUUUCAGAUGAUAAGAUCAGUUUUGUAAAGUACAGGUCUGCCUUUUUAUGGAGUGUUGCUCAUGCAUCUUCUUUCUAAAGCGCAGCCAGCCGGUAUUUUUGACUGAUUGGGAUCAUUCUGUUACCCAUUUUGUUGUCACUCAGUGUAUAAAAUGUUUUCCAUGAAUCAAAGGCUUUUCAAAGCGUGGUAGAUAGUAAAAUGGAUCAGGUCAAUUUGUAGAAAGUAUGCAUACCCCUGUUAGCUAUGACAAUUGUGGACCAAUUUUGUUUUGAAGGAAUAUUUGUUAAAUAUAUAAUAAUAAUAAUUUGAUUAAGAUAAUUGUUAUUAUUUUAAUAAUAUAACAAUUUAAUAACAACAAUUUAAUAAUUUAAUAUAAUAAUAUAAUCAUUAAUUAUUAAUAAUAAAUAAUAUAAUAAGAAAUUAAAACUCUCAAAAUAAGCAAUAAGUACUCAAAGAGACAUCAUUAAAAUUAACAUACUUGGUAAUUCUUUUAGAUUUGUCACUGUAAGAGCUUUGGUUGUUGUGUUCUGCAGUUUUGCUACAAAUGCAGAAAGUAAACAGUUACGAAAUAAAAUAGAUUAUUUAAUGUUUUUUAUUUUUAGAAUGUAAACAUUUGAAAGGAAAGGUAUGAUGUGUUCAUUAAGUAUACUAAAAAAGUAUGAUUAUGUUAGAAUGUUUGUUUGCUCGGCAUUUGACCUUAGUUUCAUUUUGAAGUUUUAAUUUUUAAGGUCAAUGGACAAAUCAAAAUUUUGAAAAAAUAUUUUUUAACUAAAUGAAUUACAUUUGAAAGUUUGGAAAGUACUCAUUGAUUUAUCUUGACAAAAUGCAGAUCAAUUUGUAUUAAAGUGCUACUUUUAAACAAAAAUACUGGAAAGUUCUGAUUCCAAAAUGAUUUUUUUUUUAACUUUUUACUCUGUCUUCUUUUUGGCAGGGGCGAUUACAUGAAUUAAACCCUUCCGUUCUUAUUUAAAAAGAAAGAAAGAAAGAGUACAUGACUGUUUACUUUUCAAAGUAGGAAAUAUUUGACAUUUCCAGAAUGUCAUCCAAAUCUUGUUUUUGAUCCACCUUGGCAAAUUUCAAUUUUUUACUCAGGUGUUUAUUUUCCUGGUUGUAUCCAUAAGUCUCAAGAAAACAUAUCUGUCAUACCUGUGAACCGUUUAUAGUGUAACAAAAAACCCUGAAUAUUCAAUCAAAAUAUGGUUGUUAUAGAUACAAAAUUUUCUGAAUGUGGAUUAUUUCUACACUUUUUGUCAAGUAAUCUGUUGGAACUUACUACUUCUGUUCAGUGAUGAAACAUGUUUUGUGCUUGCCUGUCCAUCAGCGUGGCUGAGCCUCUUGUACCUGAGGUACACAGGACAGAAGGUGCAGAUAGCGGUGUUAUUGGCAGCUGAGUACUAAUGAAGGAAAAAACAGGAAGUACAUCUGGGUAACGUAUGUUGUAAGUCAGAUUCCCCUUGUCAGGUCUUGGUUUUGAUUACCUAUUACUCUUAAAUCAUAAGCAGAAGUUUUAAGCCAUAACGAUGUCUGAUAAGCUUCUCCUUCACACUGUGCAGUUGUAAGAACACAAGUCUAGAUAAUCAAAUUUAAUAACAAUUCAAUCUUCUAUGGUUUUACUUAUCAGCCCGUUGACUCUUAGCACUGACAUCCUUUCCUCAGUAACCACUUUUUGUAUCAUGAGAAAUGUUUUUAUAGCAGAAAGAUAAAGAAGACUUCUCCCUAUUAUAUGAGUAAGUAAGUAAAUAUGCAGAAAAAAUCUUUAGGUAAGAAGAUUAGAUACAUAUAGAGCAGGUCCAGAGGAGGACCAUGAUGAUGAUCAGAGGGCUGGAACACCUCUGUGAGGACAGGCUGAAGACGGGACUAUUCAACCUGAAGGCACCAGGGAGACCUUAUAGUGGCCUUCCAGUAUCUGAAGGGGAGCCUUCAGAAAGCUGGGGAGGGACUUUUCAUGGGGGCAUGUAGCCACAGGACAAAGUGAAAUGGCUUUAAACAGAAAGAGGGUAUAUUUAGACUAGAUAUUAGGAAGAAAUUCCUUAUUGUGAGGGUGAUGAGACACUGGAACAAGUUGCCAAGAGAGGCUGUGGAUACCCACUUCAUGGAGGCAUUCAGAACCAGGCUGGAUGGGGCUUUCAGAAACCUGGUCUAGUGGGGGAUGUCCCUGCCUAUAGCAGCGGGGUUGGAACUAGAUGGUCUUGAUAGUCCCUUCCAACCCAAACCAUUAUUUUAUUCUAUAUCUGUAAAAAUUAUUAUCUGAACUAAAAUGGGAGUUUGGAAGACCCUUGACAUCAGGGAAGGAGUUAGAGGAAACUGGAAGUCACACUUGUGCUAAGUAGUACAUGAAGAAGAACUGGCCAUUCCACUGCAAUUUUAAGCCACAGACAUUAAAAUUUGUGGCUCAAGGGAAGACUGAUGAAGGAGCUUACACAAAAAUAAUGAUGAGAAAGGGAAAGGGGAGAGACUGAGAAAGCUUAAUACUCUUAGGCAAUUGAAGCAUGUAAAUAUCUAAUAAGUCAAGCAAGAGAAGAAAAUGGAGGAUUGAUGACUUUUGGACUUUCGACUAUUACAUGAAUAUGAGAAAGAGCAAAACUUUAAAGAGUGGAAGCACAAAGCCCCAGUUCUGUCUGCCAGCAAUGUAUGGCAGUAUAUAUAAUUAUGUAAUAGAGGGAAAAUAGAAAAAAAAGUAGCAAUACAAUUUAUAUGUGAUUGAUGGAUGGUCAAAGUUCAAGGAAGCACAAUAAGGAGCAGUGCCAUUUGACUCUGAUACUUUUUCAAAGUAUACCAGAUGCAUCUUGAACCAUCCCAGCUACGUUUCAUCUAGGGCAAUGUUUAUAUUCUCCUCUUCUGAAGAAUGUUCUUUUUCUUGCCUCUCAGAAAACCAGCCUUGAAAUACUGCAGGAGUGAAAUGGAUGUCACUGCCUUUUGACCCUGAGGGUUAGAGUGUUUCAGAUGCAGGUAAAGUGACCCAUUCACUUAAAGUUAUGGAAAAAAAAUCAUACCAGAGGUAAAAUCCUAAGACUGUAAAAGCAGAUGAGGCUGACAUGAGCUGUUUGGGAUUCACUGCAGUGAGAGGGGCUCUGUCCCUCCUCCAGUUGGCAGCUAGUCCACCUUUCUCUAUAGGGAAAGGCCAGAAUUCCUCCCUGUGGGAUAUUGUCUUGUAUCCUCUCUAUGCUAUAUCUUCAGGGCUGUAAAGUGGAAUCAACAGAUUGAUUUACUGAACCUCUCCUGUAUCAGAGGAGACGCAAUGGUUUGCCUCCUGUAAGCCACCCCUGGGCAAGGUCUGUGUAAGCUGGCCCUUCCGAGUGGUGCCAGGGGCUCCACAGUGUGCUGCCAGGGUCCACCCUGGGGCUCAGAGCUUUCCCAGGGCAAAUUAUCUCUGCUGAAUGGCAAGAGUAAUUAGCCUGGAUCCAACACAGUCCUAAUACAAGUAUUUGCUUCUUUUGUUUGUUUCUUUGUUUUGCCUUGGAACUUGUACAGAGAUUUGGUGCUUUGUGGUGCUAAAUUGCACUUCAUGAUCAUGCAUACAAAGCACAAGAUUUACCCGGUUGUCUUUCUCUGCAUAUAAGCUUGCAUAAUUACUUAUUCAGGUCGAGGUUUGUUCUUACAGUUGACGUUUUGUUGGCUGAGAUGCUGGGUGUUCUUUUAGCUGAGAGAGCUUUCAUUAGCCAUUAAAGUGCAUCUAAAUGCAAGAACCAUUUUGAUGAAUUCAGAGAGAUGCGAAUGAAAGUCAUUCCAUAAGAAUUUGUUGUGUCUUCUGCUCUUAAUAGACUUUUAUAUCAGUGGCCUGUUACCUAAUUGCAGAAGAUGAGUUCUAUUUUACAAGGGGGUAGGUUAACAGAACUCUAAAGUAAGUUUUGGAAUUAUGUAAAGUAAACAUUGAAUUACCAUCCCAUCUCCAUCAUCGACACAUUAGUAAGAGAGAUGAAUGAUAAUGCAAAAACUAUAGGGUGUAGCAAUAUAAAUAAUAAUAUAAAUCGAUGUGGUUUCAAAAAAUGUGUUUGGUUUAACUUUACAUAUACUUCCAAGCACCAAAAGAUAUGUAAAAUUCAGGCAGGGCUUUUCAGAACAAGCAGUGUCUUCUAUGUGCAUUAGCUGCUAUCCUUUCUGUCACAUGAGACCUGUGGGUGAAGAGCAGCAGUAAGAACAAUUGAAAAAGAGGCCCUGUAUGAAUAUGGGUUUUUGUUUUCAGUUUGCCCAUUUAAGUGUUUUAUUUUUACAUGAAUUCAGAGGGUUUAUAUCUACCAACCACGAAACAAGCAACCUGCUUGUUUUCAAAGCCUUAUCACAUGACACAGGAGCCCAGAUGACAGUUCUUAGUGAGAUAACUGAAUUCUCACUACUUAUGUUUCCCUUACAAAUCAGUGGAAACUGUAGAUUGUGCAAUUAGCUUAUUUAAAUCUUCCCCAGCUUUCUACAGUGUAGAAACCAAUUCUUUCACUCUUGAAUUCACAUUUUGUUUGCCAAGUGGGAGAUCAUAUCCAAAGUACACAUGUUUACCUAGAAAGGAGUAGUCACGUUCUUCUAACUAUCUACAUAUACACACAGAGAAAGACAGACUGCAUUUCCACUUCACUGUAUAUUGCUCCUUGGGUUACUAGGUUUCCUUGUUUGCUAGUGGAAGAAACAGACAGUUACAUGUUUAAAGUAACUAUCUUAAUCAAAUCUUAAUUGACAAUAAUGUAAAUCACACAUAAGAAGAACUGCUUUUUUUCCCCUGUCUGUCUUGAUUUCUUUGAUAUGUCUGGAGUCUAUUUUAGCUUGAAAGCACCUCAUCUCCUGAACACAUUCUUGGGGAUAUAUAAAGUCCUUGAUUAUUAGAACCUAGGGUAGAAAAAUUACACUUAGAUAAGCAUGACUUUCAAGGCUUACACUUAACAUGUUUUGUUUUUUUUUUUAUAAUCCUGCAGAAUUGCAGAUUAGGGCAGGCUAAAAAUAGGGCAAAAGAAUUUUUGUAUUCCUCAAUUCAAAGCAAGAAAUAGCACAGAAAUAAGGAGUUUAGUUUUAAAAGAAACUACACUUUUCCACAUUUGCAAAUUGAUUAAUUUUUAUGUUCAUAUUCACAUGUUUUCUGGGUAACUCUAAAUAUUGGACUGUGAAAAUGGACAACAGUAGAUUACAGUUGUGGUGGGACACAACCUGUGUUCUUAACAGAUAGUUUUUAUUAUAAUUAAGCCUAAGAUUUAUACAAAUGAUCCAGACAGUUCAGGCCUUAGUCCUACAGUCUCCCAUUUGGUAGGAUUUUAUUUCUUUGGCUGAAACUGAGUGCUCCAGCUCAGUAUUACUAAUCUAAACUCCUCAGUCAGUCCCUCUUGAUUGCCCUUAUCAGGAAAUAACUUCUUGGAAAUACGACAGGAAUAUCUUUUUGCAGUUCUUCACUGGGAAGAGGUCCCUUUCAACCUGUGAUUCUGUGAUUCUAUGAAACAAUGUUGUGAUCAGAGCACUCUUCUGGAAACAGGAAAUAGAAUCCAUUUAUUGCUAGUGAUGAAUUGUUCAAAAUAGUGCAUCCUAUUGCUGUGAGGAAAAUCCUAAGCAUGAUGUGGAAGAAGUGUUCUUUUGCUCACUGUAGCUUGUCAGUACAAAGCAUCCAGAGCUAGGGAGAUGAGACCAGAGUUUCUUUGUUCUAGUGUGAGAAACAGAGGAAAUUUUUGUUUCUGUCCCCACCUCUUCUUUGUGCAUUGAAUACAGGGACUGGAUGUUGUGAAAGAGUAAAGUUUUGUAAGAUCAUCUAACAGUCAUUGUUAGAAAGACAGACGUACCUGAAAACUUCAGACAGAUUUUCAGAUAUAGCUCUCUGUCACAUCGAAAGCAGAGACACCAAAUACCCAGUUAAAUAGGACCAAAUGUCCUGGUUAUAACCAAGCUGUGUUAAACUUAUGCACAGUUUAGGGAGUGCUGAUGAGGAAUUCAGGAUUGGGAGAGAGAGAGGUGGUUAGUAGAAGUGGGAUAAAUUGUGAUGGACAUAAGGCAUAGUUUUCCUUCCAGUUGGUGUCAUUUAGUUAGAUUUUUUUUCUCUUAUACUUGUCUUAAAAGUGUCAGUAAAUUCUUUUUGAAGUCCAGCUGUGAGGCUCUGGCUUGAGGUCCUGCUUUGACUGUGCAGACCCAUUUCUGUGCUACCCCCAGGACUGUGCUGUUGUGACUGUGACUGUGUAGUGAGCAGUGUCAGAGGAUACUACCGAGAUGGAAACAAAAAGACAGAGGCAGACAAAAAAGUAGUAAUGGGGAAGAAGGGCUAGUUGCAUUUUGGGUCAUAUAAGUGCAGAAUUGAGAUCUGAGGGGUCGGCAAUGAUGUGACUGCUGUUUGAAGAUUGUUCUCCUGGUAGGUGUCUGUUAUUUCAGUUGCUCCAGUGGGCUGAAACUCUUCGUUGUUUAUAGUACUUAGUCAUUAUAUAAAGCAGAUGUAUUUUAUUUUCUUGAGAGAUGCUGGAAACCACUCAAGAAUCAAAGUAUGUGUUUCUCAUGAAAUGUGGGGGUUAUGUCAAGUCCUUGGAACUGAGGAAAGAAUGCAUGUUUUCUAUUUUUGGGAUGUUAGUCAUGUAUUAUUGUGACAACAGAACUCCUUUGAGUAAAACCAUGUGAAUAACUUGUUUUAUCCCUUGGCAGAUGAUCCAAGCCUAAAAGAAUAUUCAGGUCAAUAUCUAGUGAAAAUUUAACAAGUCUCUUUGGUAAUUAAAUAUGUUUCAUAGUUAUGCUAUUCACAUUUAGCAAACAUGAAAAAAGAAAGUUGGAAACAAAAGGGUAAGAUCCUGGGGUUCUGUUCAGAGAACAGAACAGGGAGGAACAGAGACUUGAACGUCUUGGAAGUGCUCCCAUGUCAUUAAAGAGCAUUGGAGAAGCACUUCCUCACUUUGUCAUCUCAAGCAUAUACUAAUUGAGAAAAAUAGGAGUGUUUCAGGCAGGAAUUAGGAAACCUCACUGAGGCUCUUGCCUGUGGCCUGACCUGCUGCACUUCUAUAUUCUAAUCACAGCGCUUGAAUGGAUGAUAACACCAUACUUAGAACUUGUGUUAUAUUUAUUCCAAAUGGCUUGCUUACAAAUUUCCAGUCCUAAUGAAUGAAGUUCACAGAAGUACUGAACAUAAAGAGAGGAGGAAUUUAGGGGAAGAAUUUUUAUUUUUUAUUUUUAAAUUCCUUGACAAACUAAAGUUCUUCUGGAAGUGUCAAAGUGAGGAAAAAAAAAACACAAAAAAUCCUCAAAACCUUAAAGAUUUCUCCCCCGAACUAUAGACUUUAUUGGAAAAUAUCUUGGGGUAAACCAGGUCAAUAACUAUACCAGGGAUGUGUGCAUUUGUAAAGUGUUAGCUGCUUGAACCAGUUGUGCUGGGACUUAGCAAGUGAAAGAUUUUCCCCAACAGUUAUUGUAGUUUAAGUAUAAACUCUUACUCCAUUUUUGUGAAUCAGAAAACAAGGUGUGGUUAAAUAUUAGUUUUACUGUCACUAGAACAUGGGGAGAGGAAGAAUAAAUGCAAAAACAAUGUUGACUCCAUUCUUGGAUGAGCAUCUUUUGUUUUUUCUCACAGUAAAACAUCAGAAAAGAAGACAAUGAAUCUCACUACUUUGUUAAAGUUAUGAGAAACAGUGGUCUCACGAUUCCUCAUGGAGAUUUUUAGAGAAAACAAGUUCCAAGUCUCUCAGCCACUCAGCCUAGCUAAUCCAGAAUUGACUGGACUAACCAAAUCCAUUUUAAUCCAGUUGUUUUCAGAAUUGGUUGGGUUUCAAAGGGAGUAGAGCAUCGACGUUUGUAAGCAGCACAAAGGUCUCUGAACACGUAUUUAUUGUCUUAAACAUUAUUUUUUACCACCUCUUCAAGUCUGUGAAUUCAGAAGCUUUCUGCUCCUUUCUAUUCCUUGAUACUUCUCUGUCUUCUUUGUAGUAGAAAGGAGAGAGUUCUAGCCUUCAAGGAGAUUGCUGUGGUACUAUAAGGUAACAAUAAACUAUGUGCUUCAUAUGUAAUUACGUAUGUGGCUCACUCUUUCUGUCACUAGAUAUGGAGGCACUCUGACUUCCAGCUGGAUAGAGAAAGGCAAGGAUCACUGAAAACUGGGUUUUUAUCAGCGAUGGACAGAACAUAGCAUAUAAUUUGACACAAAGCAAGGAUCAAGAGGAACCUUAGGCUUGAGGUUUUGAAUUUCUAGCUUUAUCCAGGGUGUAAAACCAGCUUUAGUUGACUCUCCCAGAAAAAAAGAAGCUUCUUGGCUUGUUCUCUAGAUGGCCGCAGUGCUACUUGCUACGUAUUAUGGAGGAAAGCAAGAGCGAUGUUUUGCUGUCAGAGCAUGUUCAAUAUAUAAUCCAGCUCUGACAAGAACUGGCAAAGUACAUCACAUUCUAGAAGGGCUUUUUCUGUCCCUGCAGAAGAGGUAAAAAUGAUAGACAAUUUUACAGUACUCUCUCUUUGUGCUAUAUAAGAUCUGUAUGAAACCUUCUCCAUGAAGAAUGCUUAUGCUGUUUUUAUGGUUAUAGGCAUGAUCCAUAAAGGGAAUGACAAUGAAUUUUAGCCCUCUAGAUCAGUUUUAAGUAUGAAUGCCUUAAAAUAAAAUAAAAAUUUAAAAAAAAAAAAAAAAGCCGGGCAAUACUUUGAUUUAGUGCUAACAUUUAUACUAUCAGAAGAUGGAAUCUUCAAAAUGCAUUCAGCUUUUAACAUACGAGUUGUUAACUUGAAUGAUUAAAAAACCUGUAGCAACUGUAAUUAAACUUUAAUAAUUAAAAUUUAAUAAUAGGCAGUAAGAUAAAUUGACAAAUUAUGUUAUUUUGUAAUUUUCCAUUAAACUGUGAUAAGAAACGUCUGUUUCCAAAAAAGUAAUAUAUAUUAUAUAUAUAAUCUAUAAUAUAUAGAAUCUCAGCCAGUACCUGCAAUACACUUGUAAUUCACCUCAACUGAUUAAGAAUGUUUAUGCAAGAGCAGGACAGCAGGGAAUCCAUUUAGGUAAAGUACUUUGAUGAAUAACUGUAUGCUUAAGAUUAAGCUGGUAUCUAAAUGCUUGCUGCAUCCAGACCAAAGAACAUAAUGAGAUAUUUAAUUAUAAUCUUCAGACUAGAAUCUGAGAAAGAAGCAUUUGAUGCAGAAUGAAAGAAAGGGGUUAUUUUUGAUUUUCUCUUUUCCUUCCUCUCCAGCAGCUCAAUUUUAUUCAGUGCAAGUCACCUUGCAGUGCAGGUUGUUCUCUGCAGGGUUUGUGGAAUUGUGAAGCUCAUGCUCUGUAUCCUGAUUAAAAGGCAAUAGGGCCACCCAAAGUUUAAGUUAGGGUAGAAUCUUAUCAGUGGAAGUUAUUUUGACAGAACAGAAGACAAAGAAAUAGAUAAAGGAUUAAGAAGAGAUGAGUGAAAGAAAAAAAAAAAGAGAAAAGGAAGUGUGUGUCUGUGAAAAAAAGAGAAGAAGAGGGGUAUGUGUGCAUUAAUGGUUAUUUGGGAAGCAAAAGGAUAGUUUGUAAAAGAUCCCAAGAGAAAAUCAUGUUUCUUCAAACCUUCACAGCCAGCAUUUUAGUGAAGGUAAUCAAUGGAGAUUUUCUUCCCUUCUUCCCUUUUUCACUUCUUCCAUUUCUUCCUUCCUUUUUGUGUAAUAUGAAUAAGUUAUUAAUUCUACAGAUGUUUUUAUGAGUUUCUGGGGAAUUAGAAAUGAGCACAGCUUGAAGAACAUUAUAUAUACAUAAUUGCAUGGCUCUGGCAACAAAGAGGGAAUCGUGUUUUGUGUUCAAAAUAAUAUUUUUAUGCCAUAAGAUAUAGAUAAUGAAAAGAAAAAGAAUUAAGAUGAUGAUUUAAUAGCUUUUAAUCCUGGUGAUUGAAUAAGUGAGGUGAUGUCUUGCAAGGCAAAGAAUGACAACAGAAUAUGUUCAAUGUACUUCCUGAAUGGAUGGAGACACUUCAGUCUUUGAUAGCACUUUCAAGUUUGUUUUUCCUGUGUUACUGCAUUAAAUGCCGUAAAGGCAAUUGAAUACCAAAGAGCAUUGUAAUGAAAAAAAAAAAAAAAAAAAGUAUAAUUUAUCUU